CUGCAGGGUUUGUUCGCUUUUGAUUGAAUUCCAGCGAGUGCUCAGGCCCCCACUCACUGUAAUGCAGUGCGGGGAGGCCCAAGCUCAAGUAUAUUCUGUGUGUCCUUGGAGGGGAAACUGCAGCCCCGCCAACCUUGGAUUUCAGUGGGCUCCGUUCACUAACUAAGAAAAGCAGCAGCAAGGUACAGCACAAAGCUGGCAGCCCGACGACACGUUGACGACUUUGAUCAUCACUGCUGUCUUUUUUACUUUCUGCAACUCCAUUGCAAACACCACCAAUUCAUCUGUUUUUGCUUUUUUGCUUUCCUUUUGUUACACCACCACCUGAUUCUAAAUUCACUACGGCAUCCCCCAAAACACAGCACAGCCGCCUACUUGCCACAGCACCUGCCCGCAAGCCCACUACUCGCUCCAGCCUGCCAUUCCCACGCUAAGCUCGGCACCCUGCGUCAUCAUCGUCUCGCCCGCCACCUUAGCUUCCCCCCACCGCUCUUAGUCGCUUUGCAUUUCUCCAUCGUCGCGAUCCUCUCAUCAACACCUCUUUCGCGGGCUAUCAGACACACGAUCCCCUCUGGCCAAAUGUCAAGAUGCCGCUCUCAGUCGUUCAGGAACAGCAUGACGCGAUUCUUCGGGAAAUCCAGGCCAUCACCCAAGGCGAUUGGAAAUGUCUAGUCCUUGACGAAAAUUCCAAGAAGCUCGUCGACAAUGCUGUCAAGGAAGACGACAUUCUCAACCACAACAUCGCGACUAUCGAGCGCAUCGAGGAACGUCGCGAAACCAACCAUGAGAUGGACGCCAUCUACCUUCUCUCUCCCGAACCUCAUAUUGUCGACUGUCUACUAGCUGAUUUCGAGCAACGCAGAUAUCGUAAGGGAUUUCUCGUCUGGACAAACCUGCUGGAUCCAGGUCUUAGACGCCGAAUUGACGAUCAUCCUGCGACGCGGCAAAUGCGAGCCAGCUCCAAGACCCUCUUCAUUGACUUUUUCCCCAGAGAGUCCAACUUGGUCGUCUUCCGCGACCCUUGGAGCUUCCCAAUGCUCUACCACCCCUCAUGUAACGCUCUCAUUCCAAAGCAUAUGCAAACGCUCGCCCAAAAGAUUGCUGGUAUCUGUAUCACACUAGGCGAAUACCCAAAGGUUCGAUACUAUAGACCACAAAACGCAACCCAUGAUGCUAGCGUCUUGUGUACCCAUCUCGCGCGAUUCGUUCAAGAAGAACUUGACGGCUACGCCCAAUGGAACUCCAACUUUCCCCCGCCCUCGAACCGCCCUCAGGGCACACUUCUUAUUACCGACCGCUCCAUGGAUUUGAUGGCCCCUCUUAUCCACGAGUUCUCAUACCAGGCCAUGGCCCACGAUUUGUUACCUCUUAAGGAGGGCGACAAAGUUACAUUUCGCACCACCAUCAACCAAGGCACCCCCGAAGCCGAGGACAAGGAUAUGGAGCUCUCGGAUAAGGACAAGGUCUGGGUUGACAACCGCCACAGACAUAUGAAGGAUACUAUUGACAAGCUCAUGGGAGACUUCCAAAAGUUCCUCGAUCAGAAUCCUCACUUCACUGACCAAAAUGCCGAUGCGACCAACCUCAAUACCAUUAGAGACAUGCUGGCGGGUCUUCCAGAAUUUCAAGAGAUGAAAGAGGCAUACUCCCUUCAUCUAACAAUGGCACAGGAGUGUAUGAACAUAUUUCAACACCAUAAGCUUCCCGAUGUUGCCCAAGUAGAACAGACCCUCUCAACCGGCCUCGACGAAGACUUUAGAAAGCCAAAGAACGUUUUAGAAUCGGUCGUACGAUUACUAGAUGACGAGGCCAUCACGUCUACAGACCGCCUUCGACUCAUUAUCAUGUAUGUUCUUUUCAGGGGAGGUGUGAUCAUGGAGGAUAUCCAGAAGCUUCUGAAUCACGCUGCACUCCCGCCACAGGACGGUGAAGUCAUAAACAACUUGGAACACCUUGGUGGACAUAUGCAUCAUGUCUUAAAGGAGCCUCUACGCCCCUACAUGGCGCUAUUCCCCAAAGAUCCGCGCACAGCUCAGACUAGCGAGGAAUACGGUCUGUCUCGCUUUGAGCCUGCACUUCAACCACUGCUAGAAAACAUGAUCAAAGGUGCUCUGGAUCAGAACCAGUUUCCAUACGUCAAACCUCCUUUGGAUCCCAACGAGGAUCUCCUUGCUGCACAAGGAGCCUCUCUUCGCGCAGGACGCCCCAAUUGGGCGGCAGCAGGUCGCCGCCAGCCUGAGAACAAGCAGCGCAUCAUUGUAUUUAUUGCCGGUGGCGCAACAUACAGCGAAAGCCGAGUUUGUUACGAAGUUGGAAAAGAAAGGAGCCGCGAUAUUGUCUUGGCCACGUCACAUAUGCUAACGCCCCAAUUCUUUAUCCGCCAAGUCAGCGACCUGGGCAAGGACAAGAGGCAGCUGGAUCUGCCUCUAGAGCGACCAAAGCCAAGAGCGCCCGCACAUUUAUUCGAACGCCCAGCACCGCCCAAAGUCCAAGGCCUUCCAUCAGGACCACAUGGCCCGGGACCCAAAGGUGGCCGUGCACCGCCUGCUCAGGGUGGUCUCCCAAGCCGUCCCGGUGGUCACGCUCCGCCUCCGUCUUCACAACCACCAACGCAAGCCAUGUCGAACAUGAGCUUGAAUCAGAAUAACGGCUCUGCUCCGGCUCCGGCUCCCGGUGCCUCAGCUGCGGAAGCAACCCCUCCACAAAAGGAAAAGAAGCGAAGGAACUUCUUGGGUAUGAAGAAGUAGGGUUCUCUCAGAUCCAAGGGCUCGCCCGCAGCGGAGGCGUUGAAAGGAGAAGAUGUUGUCAAGACACGGUAUUCCGCAGAUCAGCUGCGAAAGCGAGCCGUUAGUGGUAACACCAUCUUUAUACCUCCACGAAAGACAAGUAAGGCUAGCAAACCGACGAUACAUAUGAAUAAUCAAGUAGAAGUCGCGUCAAUCAAGACGGGCAAAACCAAGGCAGACCGCCCAUCAUAGAAGGAACCACCGUAAUGAUUCACCUAUUUAACAUAAUUUAUUUCCAAAACACGCGUGUCACGAUAAUUUGGGAUGUCAAAAACUUUCAAGGUUUAGUGAUGCAUAUUUGUUACAUUUAUAUAGCUAGUUAGCUGGAGACUUGCAUCUCCAAACUAGACACUAUAGAAUAAGCCAUUUGUCGAAUUGUUUGGCUUUAAAACGCUACUGGUUCCAAGUGUACACUUUGACCGGAAUUCAAAGUCCCAACAGGAAACCACAUUGUAGGCUUUAGGUAGCAUACACAAACUAGUGCUACAUCAAAAAAAGAGGACAGGAGGGGGUUGGUUUGCGCUGGUAAGGCAGAAGACAACAGGGAGUUUGUUUUCGCCCAAAAGUAUAUCUGUAGAAAUACUGUAGAUUACUGACGUGGCGGGUAUGGGCCACGGCCAGCAGCAGGAGGAGCACCACGGUUCUCAAAGGGAGGACUUCCAUACUGGCGAUCAUGGCCAUGAGGAGGAGCAAAUCCGGGAGGCGCAAAGCCAUGAGGGGGGGGCGGGCCAUUGAAGAAACCGGGAGGAGGCAUGGGCAUGUUUCGUGGAGGCAUACCGCCCAUGCCCUCAGGUGGAGGAGGCAUACCGCCAGGAGGGAAGUUGGGCGGGAACAUUGGUGGCAUGGGCAUGUUGCGGUUCGGUCCAGGGCCACCGGGCAUGCCGGGAGGGCCACCCAUCCGAGGAGGAGGCAUCUGACCGCCAGGGAUCCAACCUGGUGGCAUCUGAUCAAGGCCGGGAGGGGGAGGACGCUGGAGGAUCUGGGUUGGGUUGGGACGCGAAUCAUCGUUUCCAUGGAAUCCGUCGUCCAUGUUGAAGCCAGGAGGGGGGCCAGGUCGAGGAGCCUGCUGUUGGGGUUGCUGCGGCUGCUUGGGUGCUGCGCGCAUCAGGUUCAUAAGGAACUCAGUAUUGCUGUUGUUACGAGCGGCGGUAGACUCGCGUUCACGGGCAGCAGGUGGUGGUGGUUGGCUUGCUUUGCGCUGAUGCUGGCUAACAAGCUCUUGCAACAGCUGCUCGGGGCGGGCAGACUGCUGAGGGCGAGGGGCAUGAAUUUCUUGUUGCUGGAGUCCUGGAGGAGGAGCGCGAUAUUGCUGUGGUUGCUGUUGCUUUCCUGGACCGGCUGGGGCCUCUGGGCCUUGGGCUUGGGAUUGCGAUUGAGCAGGGGCAUCGGAAGGGGGAUUCGAAGGUGCAGCAAAGAGAGCCAGGCCAGGCGGAGUAGAGCUGACAGACUGUUUCUGAAGUUUCGCUAGAAGUUGUUGGAAAGCUUGCUUCUCUCCGUCUGGUGUACCGCUGACAAAAAUGUUGAGACCGGGAGGGGCAUUGGGCGGCGGCUGUGAAGGGGCAAGGGCGGAAGGCGUUGAUGAUUCAGUCUUUGGUCGGCCGUCCUCUUGAGGGGCCGAGAAGAAGGACGUGAAUCUUGACGACUUGCCGGCUCCCUUUUGCUUUGCGGCGGCCGCUUCGGUUUGCUCCUGUUCGGGCUUGUUCUCAAUGCUAGAGGAGCCGCCAAAGGCCAUGAAGAAUUUGUCAGGGCCAGCCUCAACAGCAGGUGCCGAUUUGACAGGAGGCAGCUUCGCCUCAAUGGCUUCUGCGGAUUCUUUAUCACCUCCUGAAGCUGCGUUCUUAGCCUUCUUCAUUUGUUCCAUCCACUUUUGGAAGUCCUGUUGAGUAUGAGCUUCCCGCUUGUCUUGCACUGGCUCAUCGAACCAUUCAGGAUCCUUUUCAGCCUUUUGAUCGCGGUCACGAUUGUCGCGACUGUCACGGUUGUUGUCACGGCCAUCACGUCCCCAACGGUUGUCAUUGCCACGGCGGGCGCCACGGUCAUCAGAGGCAUCUUGUUCGCGGUCUCUCCAACUCUUCGUUCGGUCACGCUCUUUUCUGUCGGGAGUCGCAGAUUCGUUGCCUUCGCCCCUUUGCCAGGCCUCCAAUUUGGUUCGUGUUAGACCGUUGCGGGUACGAUCAGCAUCACCGUCUUUAUCACGGCCAGCGCCAUCGGAGGUCUUUCCAGUUCGGUCACCACGGGCAGUAGUUCGAUCAUCGCCGACCCGAGUCGUCUUCUUUUCAUCGCGGUAGUUGCCACCCAUCUUGCCAGAGAAGCGUUCUGCGCCUUCAGCACCGAAACUCUUCCUCGGCUUUACUGUGCUCCAUCCUUCAUCCUGCUCAUUUUCACCUCUUCGGUUCAUACCUCGUCCGUCUCGUAAGCGUUCGCCGUCAAAAUCGCCGCUGCGGCCGCGCACUCCAUAUCGACCUUCACCGUCGCGCACUGGCCGAUCGCCGUCUUGCCCCUUGCCACGGGAUGAGGCAAAGGCAGUUCUAGGAGGCCCAAAGACGAUGUCAUCUGGGUCUAUAUACAAGUUAGUAUUUGACAGAUACGGUUUGGGUCUAGUAGUAGAUGGGCGAGACGAACUUGCGCUGUUUCGGGAAGUGUGACGUGGUAGGCCAGGGCGGGCUGAUGUGUCAAUCAAGGAGCCGUCAUUGUUUCGGGUUCUAUCGACGGUGACCUUGUUUUGGGCACGAAGCUGUUCUAAUGUCGCUCUACAGAAGUAAGUUAGCACACUUGUUCAGGAGGCUGUUGUGGGCGGCCAACAACGGCGGCGAAACGUGACGUACCCCAUCCACUCCUCCGCUGGCGGGAGGUUCUCUGGUUUAACACAUAGCGGCGAUGCUCGUAGAUUGAAUAAGUCAUCUACCGUGUAUCGGAGUGCCAUAGUUUAUCGUUGGGCCUGGCAAUGCCCGUCUAGCGCUGCGUGAAGCUAGGGAAGAAGCGCGCCAAUAGUUGUGGUGGUCCGGCGCGAGAGUCGGUAGAAGGGUUUAUUACGGUAACGUGGUGCACUAGGGCAACAACGAGUAUCCAAUCGGCUUCGGCGCGACAAAGCUGUGCAGAAUAGCUUUCGAAUUUGGUCAAGUAGACGUCGUGGCCACGGCGAGGGAGGCUGGGCGGAGUAGCAGAAGGGCGGGCAGGAGAUGAGGCCGGGCGUGAAAGCGGUGGCGGGGGAGAAGAGAAGUGGCCAGAGGAGAAGGGCAGGUCGCCGAUGCAAAAGGCGUUAUUUGAGGAGGGAGAAUUGGCGUUGGAGAAGAAGUAUAAUCGGUAGCCAGGUGAGAAAGGUGAUGCGAGGUAGCGUUAAUGAUGAUACAAAACGAGGAUGGCGUAAGCGUAGGUGGUGGAGGAAAUGUGUGCAGAAGCUGCGUG